CGCCGGCCGCCCGCUGCCCGCCCGCCUGCCUGGGCCGGGCUGUCCGGCGGCCUGGCGGCACUGGCGGGGCGGGGAGGAUGAGCGCAGGGAGCAGCAGCAGCACAAGGAGGAGCAGCAGCAGCAGUGCAAGCAGCAGCAGCAGCAGCAGCGUUGGGCGCUGAGCCGCGGCAGGGCAUGGCGCUGCCGGGGGAGCGCGGCGCAGAGCCGCAGCCCGGCGCCUCCCGCCCCGCUGCCGCCGCCGACGAUGAGGACGGCGGCGGCGGAGAACCAGGAGGAGGAGGAGGAGGGCAACCGGAGGCGCUGUCGCUGGAGGAGAUCCUGCGGCUGUACAACCAGCCCAUCAACGAGGAGCAGGCGUGGGCCGUGUGCUACCAGUGCUGCGGCUGGCUGCGGGCCCGCGCCCGCCGCGGAGAGACCCCCGCGGGCAGGCCGGGGGCGGCCGCGCACCUCCGCGUCUGGAGGGACGGCGCCGUCAGCAUGGAGCGGGGCGAGCCCCAGCGGCCGCCCCACAGCGCCGCAGAUAAAUCAGGCCGGUUACACUGCACAGAAAUGGAGGUUAUCGAAUCCCUAGGGAUUAUUAUAUACAAAGCCUUGGACUAUGGUUUGAAGGACAAUGAAGAGCGGGAAUUAAGUCCUCCGCUGGAGCAGCUUAUAGACCACAUGACUAACACCACAGAAACUGAUGGGAGUAGAGAUGAAGGAUAUGAUGCUCUGGAUGAGGGAGUGGAGGACGAUGACGAUGAUGACAAAGCAGAAGUUGAGGCUAUUCAUUCCUACAAAGAUGUCAUGAAGCUGUGUGCUGCCCACCUGCCAACCCCAUCAGAGGCAGCGAACCACUAUCAAGCAGUAUGUCGGGCUCUGUUUGCUGAAACAAUGGAGCUGUACACUUUCUUGGCCAAAAUUAAAAGUGCAAAAGAGAAUCUGAAGAAGAUUCAAGAAAUGGACAAAGAGGCAAGUGAUGAAUCCAGCACAGAUCUUGAUGAGUUAAAGAAUGCUGACUGGGCUCGUUUUUGGGUACAAGUGAUGCGAGAUUUACGGAAUGGUGUCAAACUUAAGAAGGUUCAAGAGCGUCAGUACAACCCACUCCCCAUAGAAUAUCAGCUCACACCGUAUGAAAUGCUGAUGGAUGAUAUUAGAUCCAAACGCUAUACCUUAAGAAAGGUCAUGGUCAACGGUGACAUUCCACCUCGAUUAAAAAAGAGUGCCCAUGAAAUAAUCCUGGAUUUCAUCCGAUCACGACCUCCGUUAAAUCCUGCCUCUGCAAGAAAACUGAAACCAACCCCACCACGGCCACGCAGCCUUCACGAGAGGAUAUUGGAGGAAAUCAAGGCAGAGAGAAAGUUGCGUCCAGUCUCACCUGAUGAGAUCAGGCGUAGCAGACUUGCAAUGCGGCCUCUUAGCAUGUCUUACAGUUUUGACUUGUCAGAUGUAUCUGCGCCAGAGGCUGGAAGAAAAUUAGUGGAUGCCUCUGUAGCAAACGGUGGCCUGGCACCACAAGGAAAGCAGAAUGGGGCCGCACAAGUGACAGUACAACGAAAGAGACUCCUUAAGGCUCCCACGUUGGCUGAACUUGACAGCUCAGAAUCGGAGGAGGAAUCAGUGCAUAAAUCAACAAGUAGCAGCAGCAUCUCCCCCUCACAAGUGGAAGACCCCUCUCAGGAAGGCACCAGCAGCAGAAAGACGCCUCCAAAGUUCUUGCCCAUAUCAUCUACACCACAGCCAGAGAGACGGCAGCCACCUCAGAGACGACACUCCAUUGAAAAGGAAACACCAACCAAUGUGAGACAGUUUCUACCACCUUCAAAACAGAGCUCCAGAUCACUUGUUCCUAGGAUAACGAGUUUAUUUCCAAGGAUGACUUUCAGACCACUUUUUUCAACCAUGCAAACAGCUUCUCUGCUCAGCUCUCAUCCCGUUGAAGCAGCCAUGUGUGGGGUGGCAGGGGCUAUGUACUAUCUCUGUGAGAGAGCUUUUGCCAGCAGGUGGAAACCCGCAAAGGAGGAGUUCUGUUACCCGGUGGAAUGUCUGGCUCUGACGGUGGAGGAAGUCAUGCACAUCCGUCAGGUGCUGGUGAAGGCAGAGCUGGAAAAGUACCAGCAAUAUAAAGACGUCUACACCGCUCUCAAAAAAGGAAAGCUCUGCUUUUGCUGUCGAACAAGAAGGUUUUCUUUCUUUACCUGGUCUUACACUUGUCAGUUCUGUAAGAGGCCUGUGUGCUCACAGUGCUGCAAAAAAAUGCGAUUGCCAUCAAAGCCAUACUCUACUCUCCCCAUUUUCUCCCUGGGACCUUCUACCUUGCAAAGAGGAGAAAGUUUUAUGAGGCCAGAGAAACCUUCCACCAGUCACCACCGGUCACUGCGGAGCAUUCCCAGGUUGGCCUCAAGGUCCAAAUCCGUGGAUAAGUCCAGUGAAGAGCUGCAGUUUCCCAAAGAAUUAAUGGAGGACUGGAGCACGAUGGAGGUGUGCGUGGACUGCAAGAAGUUUAUUUCAGAAAUCAUCAAUUCAAGCCGGCGCAGCCUAUCUCUGGCCAACAAGCGAGCCAGGUUAAAAAGGAAAACGCAGUCCUUCUACAUGGCCUCGCCAGGAACCUCUGAAUACUGCCCCUCUGAAAGAACUAUCAAUGAGAUCUGAGCCUUGUGCCUUUUGCUUUGCUUUUGUCUUCAUGAGGUCAUCAUCCGUAAGAAAGGUCAUGAAAACUGGAUUCUCAUUCCGUUGCUUCGUUUCACUUGACAGGCUUGAAUUUGCAUUAGAUCACAGGAUUUCCUACUCCAAUGCUUUCCAGAGACACAGAAGGCUGUUUUUAUCUGUACAGAAUGGGAUGCAACGGGUCAGUACUGGAAGAAAAUGAGUAGUUUGAAAUUGUUGCCUCUUUUGUACAUGUGCAUUGAAACUAGAAAGCUUUUUCUUGCUUUCAGUCCUCUUUUUUUUUAACCAUUCUUUGAAUCAUUUUUCAGGAGAUGAGCGAAACAUGCUUGAUGGAGAACCAAAUCUAACAAAGUGUCAGUGUUAGCACGGUAGCAAACAGUAAGUCACAUUGGCAUUACCAGGCUAGUAAUGCUCACAUCCUAACUUAAACAACAAGGAGUCACAUCUCACACCAGGCACCUAGCGUGAGCGACUGUGGUCCAAGUCGGUCUUUCUCUGAACCAUUUCUGUUGCUCUGAGAUCGGGGUCCAGCACGGGACUUCACAGUGUCUGUGUACUGGGGAAAAUACGUGACAGCUGUCCGCCCGGGUGGCUGGCUGUUCCCCUGAGCUGCUGUACUUCCUAAGCCUUAGUGUUCUUCUGAGUGUCUCCUGAGCAGGUUUUAGUGGUUUACUUUCUGUCUCGAAUGUACGGUGAUGAUUACUGGUAGCCGUAAAUCUUAGUAGUAGACAGUUGUACAGCGUGUGGGGAGGAAAUAAGGGAGGCUUCUCAUUUUAACUGGGUACCUGUAAAGUUGUUCUCGUGGCUCCUCAGAGAAGAGGGUGGGUAAGGUGUACAUUUGUAUUAUAGUGCAGCACGCAAAUACUGCUAUCGUUAUGUCUGACAGCAUAUCCGCUGGUAGCCCCAUUUUUUCUGGGGUUUAUAACUUGGCUGUAAAAAUUGGGAUUCUGCUGAAAUUUGGGACGGUGCUGUCUCAGAUUGGGAGCAGUCUCUCUGUUCCCCCCCCCCAUCCCUUUUUUUCUUUCUUUUUCCCUUUUCAAUUUGCUCACAAAAGGACGCUAGCCUAGCUGGUUAGAAGUUCCAACGAUGGUACGCUGUUAACUGACAUCACAUGCUUUUUUUGCAUUUUUAUUUCUAUUUUCAAAGUACUUUUUUUAAAAAAAUGCAGGCGUAGCCAGAGUUCAGUCUAUAAUUUGGGGCCAGAUCGUUUUGGUAUUUCAAAACAAGCUAAUAUAGCCAAGUUAUUAAUACUUGAAAAUCAACUACUGUAACUUUUUCAUAAAUUUUUUAAUACCCUGAGGCGUAUUUAAUAUCUAUAUAGCAGUGUAUUAUAGAGUGACAUAGCAGAAAAAAA